AUGACAUCCAAUGUUAAUGAUAUCCAGAGUAUCAAAAACGAUAUCAGUACCAUGAAAGGUGAUAUUACCAACCUUCAAGCAACUGUUGGUGGUCUUCAAGCUGAUAUGAAGACCCUUCAAAAAUAUAUUGAAGAUUUCAAAGAAUUAAAGAGUUCUUUUGAGGGGGUUUAUGAUUAUUUAUUAAAAAUAAAUAAGGCUGGAAGAAAGGUAGCAGAAACUCUUAGAGCUAAUGAAGAAGAUGAUUCCUACUGA